CUUUUGCCGCCUAGCGGGUCCUCUUUUCACGACUCCAGUUUUUUCUUCUCCAUUUACUUUUCUUCUUCAUUUUAGAUCGUCGAUUUUCUCAAAUUUCGUCAUUUUUCAUCUUCAAAUUUCAUCUACUUUUCACUAGAUCUGAUGUUCUUUGCUUUUUCUGCGACUAAUUUAAGCUUAUCAAUCCCUAAUUUUGUUGUUUAAAGCUGAUAACCCUAGAUUUUGUAAAAAGUUAGGGUUUUUGGGAUUUGAGAUUGAUUUGGGGGAUUUGAUGCAGUGAAGGAAGGGAAGGGAUUAAGGUUGAAGUUGUAGGUUUAUGCGAAGUUAAUAUCGAGUUAUAGGGUUUAGUUGGAGAAAUUAAAGUUGGAAUUGACGGGGAUUUGAGAUUGAUUUGGGGGAUUUCAUGUGGUAAAGGAAGGGAAGGGAUUGAAGCUAUAGGUUUUUUGUAAAGGGAAUUAGUGUCUUGUGAGUUUUAGGGUUUAAUUGGAGAAAUCAGGGUUGGAAUUGAUGGUGGCUGUCGAAGAAGGAGAAAAUGCAAGGGUAUUAUUAUGCAUGGGCGGGAAGACAUGUGUUCAGUCUCCUCGGCUACUACUGUAGUUUGUGUUAUUGAUUCUUCAACUUCUCUUAUCUAUAAGGAUGGUCGCAAGAUUAGUGUUGGAGACUGUGCUCUUUUCAAGCCUGCCGAAGACUCUCCACCUUUUGUAGGUAUUAUUCGUUGUUGGACAUUUGAAAAAGAAAGUAAUUUAAAGCUCCGUGUGAAUUGGCUUUAUCGUCCCGCUGAAGUUAAACUUUUAAAAGGCGCUGCACCUGAAGCCGCGCCGAACGAAGUUUUUUACUCUUUCCACAGUGAUGAGAUUCCUGCUGCAUCUUUACUUCACCCGUGUAAAGUUGCAUUUUUGCCUAAAGGCGUUGAACUUCCACCAGGGAUUUGUUCAUUUGUGUGUCGGCGAGUUUAUGACAUUACAAACAAGUGUUUGUGGUGGCUGACAGAUCAAAAUUAUAUUGAUGAUCGGCAGGAAGAAGUAGAUAAACUAUUGCAUAAAACUCGUAUAGAAAUGCAUGCUUCAACAGAACAACAUCAAGGUCCCCGUUCACCAAAACCAGCGAAUGGCUCAGCCGCAACAUCCCCAUUGAAACAUAGUCCAGAUAGUGUGCAGAAUAGUAGUUCUAACUUCUCUUCUCAUAAAAAGGGCAAGAAAAGGGAACGCAGUGAUCAUUCUUUUGAUGCUGUUAAACGAGAACGGUCUUCUAGACCUGAUGAUGGUGACUCUGCUAUGUUGAGAUCAGAAAACUCAUUGAACUUCGAAAUUGCUAAAUUUACCGAGAAAGGCGGACUUAUGGAUUCUGAAGCCGUAAUGAGGUUGGUGCGACUCAUGCAGCCUGAAAAAUCUGAGAAAAAGAUUGACUUGGCGGGAAGGUCCAUGCUUGCUGGUAUUAUAGCUGCUACAGAUAAGCUUGAUUGCCUUAAUCAGUUUGUCCAGCUUAGAGGUUUACUUGUAUUAAAUGAAUGGCUCCAGGAAGUUCACAAGGGUAAAAUUGGCGAUUUAGGAAACCUAAAAAACGGAGAUAAAUGUGUGGAUGAUUUUCUCUUGGUUUUGCUUCGUGCACUGGAUAAACUUCCUGUGAAUCUUAAUGCGUUACAGAUGUGUAACAUAGGCAAAUCUGUCAAUCAUUUGCGCUCUCAUAAAAACGCUGAAAUUCAGAAGAAAGCAAGGAGCUUGGUUGACACAUGGAAGAAACGUGUUGAGGCUGAAAUGAAUAUCCAUGAUGGAAAAUCUGGUUCAAGCCAAAGUGUUCAUUGGCAAGGCAGAUCACAACAAGACAGUCCUCAUGGUGGACAUCGACACCCUAGUGGUCCCGAAGCAGCUGUUAGGAGUUCCAUCACACAUCACUCUUCCUUGAAAACGGCUUCAGUGAAAGCUGUUCCUGUGGAAUCUAAUUCCAAAGCUGCAUUAACGCAUCCAUGUGGUGUAAAGUCAGCAUUGUCAACUAUGUCAAAUGCAGAAAGCUAUAAGGAUGGGCAACCCAAAAUAGCUGCUAGUGGUGGAAGCUCUGAUCCGCAGACUGUAGCAAGGGAGGAAAAAAGUAGUAGUUCCAGUCAGUCCCACACAAACAGUCAGUGCUCUAGUGACCAGGCUAAAAAUAUGGUUUCGUGUGGAAAGGAGGAUACUAGGAGGUCGACUGCGGGGUCCAGGGGUUUAAAUAAAACUGUAGUCAGUAGUUCCAAGCAUCGAAAAUCAGCUAAUGGCCCUUCAUCUGGUGUCAGAGAAAACGCAUCAACUCGAAGCUCAUCAAUGGGCAGAAAUUCCGAUUCAGAAAAAGUAUCAAAUAAUGCUGUUGAUGCGGCUGUUCAGGAAAGUAACAAUCAUAAGCUCAUUGUCAAGAUUCCUAAUCGUGGACGGGGUCCUGUACAAAGCCUUACUGGAGGCUCUUUGGAGGAUUCAUCCUGCAGAAACAGUGGAGCAUCUUCUCCUGCUCUUUUGGAGAAGCAAGAUCACUUGGAGGGCUCGUGGAAGGGAAAUAAACUUGACUCUCAUGAGGUUGAUGGAUCUUCAACUUCUGUCCAAAGAUCUGGUGAAACACGGAGAUUACCUAAUGUUUCGAAGAUGGCUGAGUCCUCUCCAUCCAGAAAUGAGAUCAAGUCUAGAAAAGCACACGAUUCUUCUUUCAGCUCCAUGAAUGCUUUAAUCGAGAGCUGUGCUAAGUUCUCAGAAGUGAAUGUGCCUAUAUCUGCUGGGGAUGAUGUUGGAAUGAAUUUGCUUGCCAGUGUAGCUGCUAGAGAAAUUUCAAAGUCCUGUAUUACUUCACCUGCUGUCUCUCCUAACAGAAACUCUAAAAUUGUUGAAAGUUCUGGUACCGACCUCAUUCAACAAGUUCAGUCCGCUAAUAUUGCUGAGGCUGAAAAUCAUACAAAUAUUACAGGCGUUUCAACUGUUGAUGGGGAAAUCGGCAAGCUGUGUAAUGUUAAAGUUGGGAAUUCACGUGAAACUGUGGAAGGCUGCACGAAGAACGAUGAUACAAUGGACGAAACUACUUCUUCAACUGUAUCUGUUGGUUGCACUUCAGGAAAGAGUGGAGGUGAUCUUGCUGCUGAAACUAUGAAUGGAAAAGUCAAAGCUGCGAAAGAAGAGUCUCAGAGUGACGUUCCAAUUGAAAGCCAUGUAGUUGGUGGUUCCUUGGAAGCAGAAGAUAAAGUUAAAGUUGCCUCUUUGAAUGCCGAGUUUGAGGAAAAAGCUCACAGGGAUACUGCACUAGGCCCUCCUAGUCGUGAUGGUGAAAAAAGUAGUAUGCAUGGCCUUCAAAGCACUGCUGUAGCAUUAAAAUCCGAGCCUUUGGAUAAAAAUGAGAGAUUGAUGAUAGUCUCUAAUGUUGAAAAUCAGCAUUUGACUGCAGUAACUUCAAAUGAAGUCAAAUCUGAAAACUCUGAUGGUUUAACUCCAGCUGACCUUAGAAGUCAGACGGGUAAUACUCUAUUAGUCAAAGAGAGCAAGCCUUCCGUUCCUGAGAGAGUAGGUGAAUCUGUAGGGUGUAGUGCUGACAUGAAUCAAGAAAAAAGCUUCAAGGAUAAAAAUAAUGAAAACAAAGAGUCCCCGGUGCAGCAGUCUGGUAAUUUAGCGACUCAAGCUAGUUCAGGAGCUGCUUUGCCGGUUACAGAAUUACCUUUUGCUGUAAAAGGAACCGAAUUGACUGCUGUAAAAGAGGAGAAUAAAGAGAAUGGUGUGUCUGCUACUGAAAAUGAUACUCUGCCACCUGCUUUAGGAGGUCCAGAUGUGGAUUCAAAGCUUGGUUUUGACUUGAAUGAAGGCUUUGAUGUGGAUGAGGGGAAGAACGGUGAGGCAACUAGUUUGUCUGCUGGUCCAUGCCCUGAUAAUAUUUUGGCAGGAAGCUCCUUGCAAAUCCCUGGUUUUUCUGCAUCAUUUGGCCUUCCAGCAUCAGUCACUGUUGCUGCUGCUGCUAAGGGACCCUUUGUACCACCUGAUGAUUUGAUGCGGAAUAAGCAGGAACUGAAAUGGAAAGGAUCAGCUGCCACAAGUGCAUUUCGUCCAGCUGAGCCAAGAAAAGUUGUGGAAAUGUCUCUGGGUCCCAACAGAACUCCUGUACUUGAUGAUAGUUGCAGACCAGCUCGCUUUCCUUUGGAUAUUGACCUCAAUGUGGCAGAUGAAAGUUUUGGUCAGGAGUUGUGUGUGAGAAAUAAUCCUGUAUCUGAGCUUAUGAAUACAUCAUCAUUGCGUAGCUCUGGAGGACUUGACCUUGAUCUGAAUAAAGUGGAUGAAGCUCCAGAAAUGUCUCAUGUGGGACGACAUUUGACCGGAAACAUUCAGAGAGUUGAAAGCUUUGGUCAGCAUGGUAAACCAUCAACAUCUAAUGUUUUUGGCAAUGGUGAAGCUAGUAGUAAGAGAGAUUUUGAUUUGAAUGAUGGGCCUGCAAUUGAGGAGCCUGUUGAACAAAUCCCAUCUAGUCUGCAUAACCGUAGCAGUAUUCUUCUCCAACCUCCUUUGGGGCCUAGAAUUAAUAGCUCUGAUACGGGGAAUUGCAUUUCUUGGUAUCCCCCAGUUACCAGCUAUUCAGUGAGUGUGACACCAUCUGCUUUACCUGAUAGAGAUGCUUUUUCCAUUGUUGGGAUGGGUGGUGGUCCGCAGCGUGUUAUGAGCGGUCCAACCUCAGCUUUGUCGUUUAAUCCUGAUGCCUACAGGGGAUCAGUACUAUCAUCCUCUCCUGCUUUGCCAUUCCAUCCAGGCCCUUUCCAAUAUCCAGUCUUGCCAUUCGGGACUAGUUUUCCUCUGCCUACAUCUGCCUUGGCUAGUGGGUCAUCUGGUUACAUGGACCCAUCUGCUGGUGGGCGGAUUGCUGCCAUUCCUUCUCAGUUGGUCGGAAACGCAGGAGCAGUUUCAUUCCAGUAUCCACAUACAUAUGUUGUUUCUCGCUCUAUUCCAGAUAUUGGAAAUAAUGCUGUAAUUGAAAACAAUCAUAAAUGGGGAAAGCAAGGUCUAGAUCUCAAUUCUGGUCCUGGAGUGUUGGAUGUGGAAGGCAGAGAUGAGUCACUGGCAAUUGGAUCCCGGCAGAUUCCCAGCAUCAGUUCACAGUCCCUUGCUGAGGAGCAAGCAAGAAUGUAUAGCAUGGGUGGUGGUCAUCUAAGAAGGAAGGACCCAGAGGGAGGAUGGAAUAUAGAUAAGCUCAACUUCAAGCAAUCUUCGUGGCGAUAGAAUCACAUGAUGAUACCAUAUAGUGCCCCUUGAAAAUUGGAAGUUGGUUUAGCUAUUUUGUAGAAGAUGGAGCCAGGCUAACUACCAAGAAGUCAUCAUCUAACUCUCGUCAUAAAUGGAUGGUGGUAAGUGAGUAAACGGACGUGUUCAUAAGUCUCCGACCCCCAUCUCCUGCUGUACAAUUCAAUUUACAUGAAAAAGAAAAAUUUUGUGCUGGGGGUUCUGCUCUGCUAUUCAUGCUGCGAUCAAUCCUUGGGUGGCUACUGGUCAGUUUUCCUUCUGUAGAUAGUUGAAACUAUUGAAAAAAGGGCUGUUAUCCAAAAGCCUAAAUAGCUAUGAUACCAUUUGUUCCCUUUUCAACUUCCCGGCAAUGGAUGUUGAAUUUGUUUACUGCUCUUAGCAGAAAUGUUUGUAUGCACAUUUUUCUUAAUUUAUCUAUUCUUUUCUUGGUAUCUCUCAUUUUGACUAUAUAUAAUGUCUUUGUGCUCCAACAAUAGUCAUUAGCAUUUCUCCUGUUUCACAGGUAUUUUAGGUUACGCUCUUCGUUUGUAUGCAUUUAAAAGUGAAAUGAUUGAUCAUAAUUCCCAAUUCACAUCAACGCUGGCUAUUUUAUGGUCAAUUUAACUUCACGCCCUGAGCAUUGGUUUGGUUUGAUCAUCUUUUUCUCUUUAUUGUAUUCAAUUAUUAGCGCUUUCGUUCUGUUGAGCAAUAAUGAUGAGAUGCAGAAGCCUUGGUAAUCGUAGAGAAUGCAUUUUGUACAAUGCUGCUGGUUUAUUAUGCGCUCACUUCCUUCUUACUAUCGGGAGUAAAGAGGGAUGCACAGAGUUGAAAGUGGCUCUUUGUGUGGGUAAGUAAGCGUUCAUGCAGUUCAGUUCGAUGCUUCAUCCAAACAUAUCCCCUGUCUAUGCCCCCCCCCCCCCCAAACCCAUCUUUGGUGCUGUUUGUUAAGUGUAGCUUUUAAGCUUAUUUGUGAUGGUAAUUGGUAACCAGUGGCUGGUGAGUGUUUGCUAAGUAAAUGGUUCGUUUGAAAAUCAUAUGUUUUUAUGUGAAGUUGAUGAUGUUUGCUAUUGAAAGGUCAAUCGGCAUCAAUUUUCUUCAUUUAUAAGUUGAAGUUUGAGCUUUGCUGAAAGCUAUGUAUAGGGUUUGUUUGGUAUAGGAGAAAAUGUUGUUUUGGAAGUUGGAACAGUGAACAUUUUCACUGUUUUCACUUUUGGUGGGGUACCAUUAUUGAUGAGUCUAGAAUGAGUAACCAAUGCCAAAUGUGUACGGCCGGCUAGAUACAUAGAUUUAUAGGAAACUAUUGUCUAAAGUGCAAGUGUGUGGCUACUUUGGGUAGUACUGAACACGUGAAAAAAGAAAGUGGUAAAGGCUGUAACCACAUUUUAUGUACUCCAUUAGAAAAAGACAAGUGGGGAGUUGAGGGUUCCUAACUUUAGAAAUAAGUUUGGUUGCUACUUGAUAGUAUAGCUAGGUGUAUCAUCAUUGUGUUGCCCAUUGUCACGUUCAAGAUUUGUCUAUAAAGAUGGAGUUAUGACCAACAACUGUACUAGUUUGGAAUAAGAUUCCACUUCUAUUACAUCCUUACUUUUUGGUUUUUGUAUGUUUUAUUUGAGCUUAUACAAAGAGAAAUUGAGUAUGAUUCGAC